AUGUCUUUAGGAGCAUCUCAAAACGUUAGCAUAAUUAAGCCUCUUGCAGCUGCAAUAACCUUCCAUCAGUUGUUAUUAGGAAUUGGUCGUGGAGGUUGCAUCUCCCAGGCAAAGUUUGGAUUGAAGAAACGUUUAGUGAUGGCGCUAGUGUUUUGUCUCACAACACCUGUAGGAAUCGGGAUCGGUAUUGGAUUCUCGGAGAUUUACUACGAGAAUGGCCCGACCAUGUUGAUGGUGUCCGGUUUUCUUAAAGCUGCAGCCGCCGGAAUUUUAUUGUUCACGGGGGUUGUUACUCUUCGCGGCCUCCGAGUUCUUAAUAGAGUUGACAUGUUAUUAGUGUUUUUGAAUGUCUUCAUCUUGUUGCCUUUCCCGAUAACGAAAUUCUAA